UGAAUAAUAAACAGUUAAGUGAAAAUUCAUUUGUUUAUAAUAAACAUAAAAGUAUUUGCCAGACUUGUAAGAAUAUAUGUAUUCACCAGAAUGAAGCACAACAAAAGAAAUAUUUGCAACAAUUGGAAAUUAAUAGAUCAUCAUCGAAAACAGUUCAAAAGAAUUGUCAUUAUAGUAUGCUUGCUGAUUUGAAAGAUUUAGAGAAUUUGAGAGUUAAAUCAACAAUAGAACUUACUAAAGAUCAGAAAAUACCAAUAAGUGAUGAAGUAAAAGAACAAAAAAUAGGAAGGUCUUAUUUAAACAAAGACGAACAUAUUAUUUACAAUGAAAUAAAGCAAGACGAGAAGAAAGCAGAGAUAGAAGAGAAACCGCAAGCUCCAAUUAGAAGAAAAAGAAUUAAACGCAGAAAAUCUGAAAGGAAGGAAAACCAUGAAAGUAAAGAUAACGAUUCUACGAUUGAUCUUUUGAAUUUACCCAACGAACUUGAUAAAUUAGUCAAAGAAUGUGACUGGCAAUUAGAAGAAUUUAAAACUGAUUUGUACCCUCAAAGCAAUUCGAGAAGUAAUCACUUAAUAUCUGUAAAAUCUGAUAAGGAAGGAAAGGAAAGUGAUUUUAAUUCAUGGAAUAUUACUAUUCGGCAACGAUGGAGAAAAUUACGACGUCCUAAUAUAGUUAAGGAAAGCACACAACGCACACGUUCUUUUAAUUCUACUCCGGUUAGCCGAGAAGUUUCACCAGUGUCAGCCAUAACAUCAGCUACAUCUCAUGCUCGAAAAAUUUUACAAACUACUUCUCUUAGACUCCCUAGCACAGGAAAGACUAUUACUGAUAUACAAACUGCACUUCGUACUAAAUUUAACAAAAUAAAUUCUGGAAUACGAAGAGGAAAGGCAUUAAGUUUUGCGGAUAGUGUAUCAAAUUUUUACGUACCAAGUCCAUUAAGUUCAUCAAACGAAAGCUUAAUUUAUCAUAUUCCACGUGUAAAUAUCAUUAAUCUUCAUCGUCGAAAGAAGCAAGUUAAUUUAAAUGAGAUCAAGUCGGAAUCUUCAAAUUUAGCCGUAUCAGUUGCUACAAUAAAAUCAAAAAAAUCCGUUUCUAGUAAAAGUGUUGCUAAUAUAUUUGACUUUUCAAAUUCUGAUUUUAAACAAACAAAAUUUACGCAAGAAAUAGAUGAAGGUUUAAAUUCAGAUUUUGAAAUAGAUGAACUGAAAGAUUCAAAUGAUUUACAUUUUUGCACAUUACCUAGACCUUCUAAUAAAUUUGGAUCCUAUACUAUUUUAAUCGCAAAGUUUUUUAAAGGGCCAGGUUAUAAAGGACUAGGAUUUAGUAUCGUUGGUGGUAUUGAUAGCCCACGUGGAAAUAUGGGGAUUUAUGUUAAGACAAUAUUUCCUAAUGGACAAGCUUCAGAUCUUGAUGUUAUAAAAGAAGGAGAUGAAAUUUUGUCGAUUAAUUCAAAGGCUUUACAUGGCAUGACUCAUGCCGAAGCAAUUGCAGAAUUUAAAGCUGUAAAAAUAGGCAACAUUGUACUUCAUCUUGGAAGACGCAUUCAUGCUCUUCAGUAUAAAUUGAAAUCCAUGGUUUCACCAUCACAUAUUACCAAACACUCUACCAACGUUCUAAAAUAAAAUUGAGGGUAGAUAGAAUGUACAAUAGUACGUACUUCAAAUCUGUACAUAAUAUGAUAAAUUAUAAAGAAUUAAUCAUAACACAACAGCA